AUGACGACGGCGAUACCCUCAAUCGCCUGCCUCGGCGUAAUAGGCCGCAACAACAACCCGCUGCACAUGUCCAUGUUCCCCUCGCACGACACCGCCACCAGCACGCUCGCGCCCGUCCGCACGCCCCUCGAGUUCUCGCUGCUGCUCUCCUCGACCGUCGACGUGUUCGAGCUGCGCGCCAAGCACAACGCCGCCGCGGGCGUCGGCCUCUCCGGCGACGUCGGCCUGCUGCACGCCGUCGACGACCGCCUCGCCGCCUACGGCUUCGAGACCAACACGGGCGUGCGCAUGGUCUGCGUCGUGGACAUGCGCGGGCGGCGCGUCGACGGCACCGUCCUCCGCUCCUCCUCGUCUGCGCACCACCAGGCGGCGAGCGGUGGCGGCGGUGGUGCGGGCCUGCGGGACGCGGAGCUGAAGCCCGUGUUUAGGGCCAUGCAGAAUGCGUACGUGAGGCUGCUGCAGAACCCGUUUUACGAACCGGACGAGCAUGCACCGCCGGGGGGGCGCGGGGGCAGGAAGAUUACGAAUAAGAGGUUCGCGGAGGACAUGAAGCGGAUAGGGGAGGCGUGGACGCCCGGCGUGACGAGCUUGUGA